GCUACCAGCGCUUGCUAAAACAGUAAAACAAAGAAGAAAAAGGAGAGAAACAAAUCAACAAUGGCAAUGGCAAUGGCAAUGGAUUCAAACACUGGUGGAGAAGAAUUUGGAAUUGGAUGGUUCCUCUCCAUUAAAACAACACUGGGAGAUGAAUUUGAAGGUCAAAUCAUCACCUUCGAUAAAGCCUCCAACAUUCUUGUUCUACAAGAAGGUUCUAAAACUGGACCUAGAAGAAAUAUAAGAUUAUUGAAAGCAAAUCAUAUCAAGGAAUUUACUUUGUUAGGUCAAGGUGAAGAUCCACUUGAUAUUAAUAACUGUUAUGUUGAUCUCAAUAGUGUUCAAGCUAAGGAAGAAUCUGCUAUCAGGCAAGCGGAGGUCGAAGCGGAGAGGAUUGGUGUUGGAGUUAGUAAUGAAGCACAGAUCAUAUUCGACGCGUUGUCUAAGACGCUGCCAGUUCGUUGGGAUAAAACUGCCAUAGUUGUGAUGAAUGAAGUUCGAGUGAGCAGUCCGUAUCUCCCAGAAAAUGUUAGUGGAGGAACCCCCGCUGCCAAUGAGCGGGUGAAGAAAGUGCUCGAGCUUCAGAGGAAGAAGUUGCACACUCCUGGACAGUGAAGAGAUUUUUGCUCAUGUAGGUGCGUGGAAGAUGUUGGUUAUGCUAAAUCCACCGAAUAGGACCAGUCAUAAGUGGUGUCUUCUGAACUAUGUGAGAUGAUGCUGAUCAUGUAAGAUUAUAUACAGUUCUUUUUCCUUUCAAGAGGAGCAAUAUAGUUGGCAUCUCUCACUGGUUCAGUAAAUGCAUGUAUUCUUGUAUUGCUGUUUGCUUUAUGUUGCGUUUAUUUCGUCAUUUCUUGGGGUUAGAUUCUUGUUGUCAUCAGCAGUGAUAGCAAAUUACUUAUGAUAUGAUAUUCCCGAGGACAACCAAUUUAGAAACUAUAUUUGAAAUAUUGAAAAUUUGUGGCAGCGCAUCAUAUGCUGCUGCUAA